AACUUUAGUAAAGUGAGAGACUUGUUACAGCAGCGGUAAAGUGCACGCGGAGUUUCGGGAUUUUAAUUUUCAAUAGGUGGUUCUACUGAGUGAAUGUACGUCCUCAAAAGUUUCGCUGUCAGUCGUCUCGCAGCGGCGUGCGCGUAAAAGUCGUAUGGUGUUGCUACGUGGAAUUGCGUAACCUCGUGGUUUGUCCCGUCUUUAACCUUCGUGUUGCCGGCGAUCAGCUGUAAUCGGUCUCUUCUUCAGUUACAAGAUAUCGUGGGUUUGUUCUCCGCAGCAGCAGAAUUUCCUCCGCAUUAGGCGCCCAGCACGUCCGCAGCACCAACUGAGCGAUGGGCGAGCGGCGCGGCAUGCGCGCCCUGGAGGCGUGGUGCCGGCGCGUGACGGAGGGCUACCGCGGCGUGCGCGUCGACAACAUGAGCACGUCGUGGCGCGACGGGCUGGCCUUCUGCGCGCUCAUCCACCACUUCCGACCGGACCUCAUAGACUUCGACAGCCUGGAUCAGGCGGACGUGUACCGCAACAACGAGCUGGCGUUCCGCGUGGCCGAGCGCCACCUGGGCAUCCCGGCGCUGCUGGACGCGGAGGACAUGGUGGAGUAUGCCGUGCCCGACCGCCUCUCCAUCCUCACGUACCUCAGCCAGUUCUACCAGGCGUUCGGCGGCAGCACGCAGCCAGGAGCUUCUCCUGGUCGUGUGGCUGCCAAGCGGGCUGCCAGCACUGCUGACCAUGUUUCCAUGUCGGAGAGUCCUCCUGUCAAGGUGGCUGCCCACCCGCCUGCUGGCGUGCUGCCUGCCAAACGCCGAGAGCCCUGUGCUGCCUGUGGGCUCCCUGUAUUUCUGGCUGAACGUCUCUUAGUGGGUGGGCGCACCUUAUACCAUCGCUCAUGCUUUCGCUGUGCUCGUUGCAAUCAUCCACUUAGUCUUGCUAAUUGUUAUGAGACAGAAGAUGGUCAUUAUUGCUGUGAAACAUGUCCAGAUGAAGUCCUUGAAGAGAAGAAGUUAACAAGUGUGCCUGAAAUUUGUGUACCUGAAUUUUCUGAUCGUUACAGUGCUGAUUUCGAGUCAGCUUUAGAAAGCACAGAAUCUUCCAAACGGCCAUCGAUAGACUCUUUUGAACAAACUCAUGUUUCAGCAGCUAGGUCCAAUUUUAUGAGUUCACUCAUGCUUGCAGAAGACAGUUUUAGUGAGACAGAUAGUGACGUUCUCUCUCGAGCAUCUUCCAACAGAGACCUUGUUCAGUUAGAUAGCACAGGCAAAGCGGAAGUCAUCAGCAAAACUCAUCAGCCCGUAAAUGAUAACACAAAUUCUGAUGCUCACUUAAAUACGUUGUCUUCCAAAGUAGUAGAAGUUAAACCAAAAAGUGUAGAUGAUAUUAAAGAUAGUGUUAAAGAGGAGAAAGAGUCAUCUAAACACAGCAGUAAUCCAUCAGAUAGUCUUAAGAAACAAAGUGUUAGUGAUAGUUUAGAUGUAAGUUGUCAUGUUUCCAGUAGUGGAGAGUUAUCAAAGGAAGCAACAAACAAUGAAAAAUUAGUUGCUCAUCCUUUUAUUUCAAGUAUUAUUACCAAGAGUAGCAAUAGUGAUAGUCAGCCAAUUACUGCCAACAGAGUACUCAGAGACGAAAGUGAUCUUAGUAAGUUUGAUGAGAAACAACGUACCAAAGAUUCUGAUCUGACAGUUCAAUCUCCAAAAUCUCUUGUAAAAAUGCGACUGAAAAUGUUUGAAAACUCAGAGGGCACUCCUGCCACUAGUUCUGUUGCAGACAAAGCUUCUAAGACGGAUUCUAAUAAGAGAUAUGCUCUAUAUCGAAAAAAUACUGAUGAAGACUCAUCAGAUCCAGGAGAUAAAUCUGACUUGGAGAAAAAUAUUAAUAAUACAACACCUGCAAAUGACUCCCUGAAGGGUAAUGAAGUAAUAAACAAGUCUUUAAGUAGUGACACACAAGAUUUAAUUUCAAAAGAUAUUCCUUGUAACAGGUCUUCAAUAGAAGAAAAAGAUUCUUUGAGAAUAAGCAAUGAUUUUAAUGAACUGAAGAAAGAAGUGCCUAUUAUAUCAGUGCCUUCUACAGAAGAUGUUAAAAGUGCAGAAAGUAUCAAAGGCGCAGAAGGUGUUAAAAGUACAGAUGUCAGAGGUGCAGAAGAUGUCAGAGGCGCAGAAGGUGUCAAAGGUACAGAUGAUGUCAAAGGCGUAGAUGAUGUCAAAGGCGCAGAUGAUGUCAAAGGCGCAGUAGAUGUCAAAGUCGCAGAUGUCAAUGGCGCAGAAGAUGUCAAAGGCGCAGAAGAUGUCAAAGGCGCAGAUGAUGUCAAAAGCGCAGAAGAUGUCAAAGGCGUUGAAAAGGUCAAAAACACAGAAGAUUUUAAAAAUGCUGAAGAUGACAAAACUGUUGAAGAUGUCAAAGGCACAGAAGAUGAUAAAAAGUCAGAACAAGAAGAGGAAGAUACUAAAACUCCACCUGAUGAAAGACAAAUGGACACAGAUUCAAAAACAUUAGCAGAAAGCAGUUCACAAGAAAUGGAAGAUGCAAAAAGUUCGACUACACUUCAGAGGUCAUCUCUGGAGGUGCCUGGUGAAGUUCUUUCUGUAAGUUCCAGUACAAUUCAGGAGAAAUAUCCUUCAGAACUUAAUCCUUUUGGGGAUGAAGAAGAACUGCCAGAAGAACCUGUUGGAAAUACUGCAUCUCCUGUCAAAAUGUUAAACAUUUCAGGUGGUUCAAAACAAGAGAGCACAAAUCCUUUUGGCUCUAGUGAAGAUGAGGAAGAUAAUGAUACCAAGGAAAAAACAGGUGUGAUCACACAAACACCCAUUUCAAAGCCAUCAUCAACAAAACCUCCUCGACCACCUCUUCCAGUAAUUCGUCCCAAAGUAGAACAUCAAAAAAAAAUGAUAGAAGCACCUAAAGUGAAUUUGAAUCCAUUUUGGAGUGAUGGCGAAGAACCAAGUGAAGAUGAUGAUACAACAGAAUUGCGAGACCAGUCAACUGGCAAGACUCCUGUACCUCGCCCUAGAACAAUUAGACCUACAACUACAUCUACCCCAGAACCUACCCCUCGCAGACCAACACCAAGCGCCUCUGGGCACUUCGGUUCAGCUUCCUCUCUAUCCAGCCUGAGUUCCUCUGCAGGAGGAAGCACAACAAGGCGAAAAAAGAAACCUGCACCACCGCCACCCAGUAUGAAAGAGCUGUUUCCCCCGUCCGAGCCUCUUGGCACUUCUACAACAUCUUCUCGAGCAUCGUCUCCCACUACAAGCAUCAAGAGUCACUCUCCUAUGAUGACACCCCGGCACCGGAAGAAAUCCAAACCUGCACCCCCACCUCCACUAAUGCCUCCUCCUGCUGCUGCUGCUGCUGCUGCUGCUACUGCUGCUACUGCUGUUGCUGCUGCUGCUGGCAGCGCUCAAACUUCAGAGUUGGUUCAUCAAGAGAAACUUGAAAAGGAUGUUGCUAAUCGCAACCGUCAAAGUCAAAAUAUAACAUUAUUAGAAUCUCCAAGUUCUCCGAAAUCUGUGGACUCUUUGGCGGUGCAGUCUCCCUCUGCAGCAGUGACACCUCCAGUGCCGCUGGCGGUGCCGAACAAGAGCAUCCAAGGACAGUGGAAGAGGAAGAAGGGCCCUGCUCCUCCCAGGCCCAUCCCCCAGCGCCGCCAGAUAAAGGCGAUCCCCAUGCAAGAAGUGCGCAGAGAACUGGAAGACAUUGAGGUGCAGCAACAAGAGUUGGAACGCCAGGGAGUGAAACUAGAGCAAACAAUAAGAUCCAAAUUUGAGCAGACUGAAUUAGAAGAUUGUAGUAUGACACCAGAUGUUGAAGACUUGGUGCUACAACUAUUUGAAUUAGUUAAUGAGAAGAAUGAACUCUUCCGUCGUCAAGCUGAAUUGAUGUACCUGCGGCGGCAACAGAGGUUAGAGGAGGAACAUGCUGAUUUAGAGUAUCAAAUUCGCUGCUUGUUGGAACGACCGGAGCAAACAAAAACAGAAAGUGAUAAAGCACGUGAAGAAGAACUUAUUCAGAGACUGGUAGAAGUUGUAGAAAGGCGAAACGAAAUUGUUGAAUGUUUAGAAAUGGAUCGGCUGCGAGAGGCUGAAGAAGACCAUAGUAUUCACACACAACUAGGUAUUUUUGCUGCAAAAAGUCGGGGUUCUGAGGAAAAUAAAGAUGAGAAGCAGAACAAAUCGUCCACCGAAAAAAUUAAAUUUAAAAAGGAUAAGAAGAGUAAAAAACACAAAGAAAAGAUUGGUCUUAAAAAAGUAAAUAAGCCUAUUAUUGAUGCUGAUAAGGAUAUUGAUGAGAGUGAAAUUUCAGUUGAUCAUUCCAAAGAGAAGGAAAAGAAAACAAAAAAGAAAUGGUUUUUGUAGUAACAUAAUCAAUAUUCGUAAAUCUGAUGAUGGUUGACUAAUCAAUCGAAAUCAAACUAUUAUUGAAAGAUGUAUUUGCAGUAACUAUAUCAGUUGACGGGUUGAUUUAUUCUGUUAAAUCAUUUUGAAAAAUAUUUAUUACUUUUCAAUACUAUUUAUAAAUUAUUUUUCAUAUUAUCUUGGUUAGGCCAUAGAUUGUCCAAUUACAUAAGAAAAGAAAAAAGAAAUUGUUUAUCAAUUGUGUUUUGAGUUGCUGAAAUGUGUGGUGUCAGGUUGGGGACCAUAACUACUGCAAGUUGCAGGAAACUAUUUUUACUCGGAAUACUUUGUUGCAAUUAAUUCAGGCGAGCACCAAGUGCCUAUUUUUCUCAUGUUUUUGUGUACUCCCUGAAUUAUGAGAAAAUGAAAUUUUGUGUUGUGAUGAUUUGUCUAGUCUUCAGGUGGACAUUGUCUCUAUUGACAUUAAAAUGACUCAAAAUAUGAAUGAGAAAUGGCAUAUUCUCUAAAGAAGACCUGUAUGUUUUUAUCUCAAUUUAAUGUUCUAAAACCUAAUAAGUACGUUGGAUUGAAUUUUUUAGUGGAAAUGGAGCAUAUCUCUUAUAUUUUCAAACAAACAAUAUUGACUCAGUGCACAUACAAAUGUAAACAUCAUGUACAUAGUCUCUUAGUAGUUAUAUUUUUCAUUUUAGACCUAUUUUAUGGAACUUCUCAAAUGUAAAGACUUAAUUAAGAUUAGAUAAUGCAACAAAUGAGCACAAAAUAUAGACCAACAAUGUCUUGAAGUGUUUACAUGCUGUUCUCAAAAUAUGCAUGAUAAAUACUUGUUUUUUUGUUUCUUUAUUCAGAAUAUGAAUUUAUUUCAAAUAUUUACAAAGAUGUUGCAAUGCUAUUGCCUGUACAGCAGAAGUUCAAGGGAAAGCUUCUGUAUCUUUUUAGCAUAUUUAAGAGUACUAUUAAAGUAUUAUUUAAUUUUGUAUGAA